UCAUUUAGGUUUUAAUGUUAAUAUAUGAUAUAUAAUUUAGUGAUUUUGAUUAGAUCCACCAGAGCAACAUCACUACCGACCACCACCUGCAGAAUCCCCAGUAAGCCCUUCAACACUUGAAUCAUUCGUAAUUCGCGGGAAAUUUACUUGGCACUCAGCAGGACAAAUAUUGGGUCUUCUAAGAAAAUUGGGAUCACCCGCCUUCGAUUUGAAGAACCACAACAUCUCUUCUCGGAUUUAUUUCGACCUUCUGUUGGGAGUCUUUCUGUGUAGCAAUUUGGCGGACAACCGUUUUUAACAGAUUGAAGAGCAUUAGUAUUUGCGGCUAAUUCGACGCGAUCUUCUUUCAAGGGAAUGAAGAUAUUGGAAGGCAAUGCAGGUGCACUUACAAAUUUUGAAGUGCUUGAUUUUCUACGAUCUAGGGGCGCUUCAAAGGACCCAACUCGAGUUCUUGUUCCAGUGGCACCGUCUGAGUUCAAGGUUUAUGAUUAUUUGGUGGAGAGUGUUGCUUGCAAUCAAACAAGAGAGAAUGUUAAUGAAUUUUUGGAGCAGUGUAAAAAGUUCAAACUUGCAAAAGCUGAGAUGCUGAAUAUUAUUAACAUUCGACCAUCCUCUUUAGUCGAAAUAGACUCGAUUAUAGAGCAAUCCGACACUCGUUUUGAUGAAGAGCAACUACAAGAGUUAAUAGACCUGGUUGUAACAUUGCUUCCACCUCAUCCAAACCAAACAAACAUUCAAGAAGGGACAAAUGAGAAUGAACAAGGAACUGCAGAAGGGACCAAAGAGAAUGAAAAAGGAACUACAGAAGAGACUAAUGAAGGAACUGCAGAAGGGCCUAAUGAGAUUGAACAAGGAACUGCAGAAGGGGAUUUGGUUGGUGAAGAUCAAAAAGGGACAGCAGAUUGAAAUUGUUGAUGAAGAAACAAGAGAAUGCGAAAAAAUGGAUGCCAGCUUUGCCAUAUCUCCCUGACCGUUUAACAAGAAACUUAUCACAAUCAACAUUGUUUUGAACAUCAUGGAAACAGAGGUACGCAGGUAAACUAGCAUUACAAACUUGGUAAAUUUGGAAACUUAGGAUUUCUCUAAAUAUUAGGUCUUAUUUGAAUAUAAUUUUAGUUUAUUAUUUUUAUAUGUUAUGAUAUUUGGUUUAGAUCGAAGUGAUCAAAUAGGAAGUGACUUUUUUUUUUAAUUCUCAAUUGGGUUAAUUCAAAUGGUUAGGAAUAAUCUCA